AUGUCGGCCUUAGACGUGGAAGCACUUUUGGACUCGGCCGCAAAUGGUACUGCAGUCGGAACGAACGGCAGCUCAAAAGUAAAAGAUUCAGACGAUCGACACAAAAGCCAGCGACACGAACGUCGAGAUAGGGAUCGAGCUCGAGACGUUAGCAGAGAUCGUGAUAGGGAUCGCAAACGCCGCGAUCGAAGCAGAGACCGGUCUCGGCGGGAGGUCAACGGUGAAGAAAUUAUCGAACUUUCUAUUGCAAGUGAUCGUGGAAGUGCUCAUGGGAGCGCAAAGAGUAGGCGCAGAAGCAAAAGCCGUGACGAUGAACGUCGACACUCACGUCGUCAUAGAGACAGCCCAGACGAAGCUGGUAGGAGAGGUGGUGACUUCUACAGAGGUAGUGGUCGUACUCGUUCGCGCUCUAGAAGUCCUAACAGGUAUUAUCGUCCUCGAGGUGAUCGUCGGGAUCGUGAUGACAUAGAGAGUACAAAGCCUAGAGAAGACCGACGGAAUAGGACUGAAUUGCGUCGAGUUAGCAAAAGCCCAAAACGCGAGAGUACUCCGCCUCUGACUGAAGAUGAACGUGAUCGUCGUACCGUGUUUGUCCAACAAUUAGCCGCUCGUCUUCGUACCAAGGAACUUAUUGCAUUUUUCGAGAAGGUCGGACCGGUAAAGGAAGCACAGAUUGUUAAAGAUCGAGUUAGUGGUAGAUCUAAGGGUGUUGGAUAUGUUGAGUUCAAAAAAGAGGAGUCGGUCCCUGCUGCCAUCCAACUUACUGGUCAAAAACUCUUAGGGAUCCCAAUUAUUGCACAGCUUACCGAAGCUGAAAAGAACCGACAAGUUCGCAAUCCUGAAGCCGUAGGCAGCAAUUCAAAUCAGAUACCGUUUCAUCGACUAUAUGUGGGUAAUAUUCAUUUCAGCAUCACUGAAAGUGAUUUACAGAACGUUUUUGAACCUUUUGGUGAGCUUGAGUUCGUUCAGUUACAAAAAGAAGAACAAGGACGCAGUCGUGGUUAUGGAUUUGUCCAAUUUCGUGAUCCCAAUCAGGCUCGUGAGGCACUCGAAAAAAUGAAUGGUUUUGAUUUAGCAGGCCGUCCCAUUCGUGUUGGACUUGGAAACGAUAAGUUCACUCCCGAAUCUACCGCCAGCCUUUUGCAAAGAUUCCAAGGACAAAGUCACCAACAACAAUUUCAGGGUUCUGCAUUCUCCGGUGCUGGCGGACGUGGUCCACAAGCAACUGGUGGAAGCAAUUUCGACCGGGCUGGAGGUCGUGACAGUGAUAAAGGUGCUGGCGGAGCCAGUGCUCUUGAUGACACUGAUGUUGGCGCUGUAAAUUUUAAUAAUUAUAGUCGAGAUGCACUAAUGAGGAAACUUGCUAGGGCAGAUGAUCCUGCACCUAUCACCAAGGGCCGAGACGAGAAACGUGAAAUCCUCAAACCCAAGACCGAGGCAAAACCUCUAUCAGUAAAUGUCAACAUGGCGAGUAGGUGUGUAGUUUUGAAGAAUAUGUUUGACCCCGCUGAAGAAGAAGGCGAAAACUGGGAAAAGGAGCUAGAAGAUGAUGUUCGGGCCGAAGCGGAAGAAAAAUAUGGCCAUGUUGUUCACAUUGCAUUAGAUCCAAACUCACAGGGUGAUAUCUAUCUGAAAUUUGAUCGUGUUCAAGGCGGAGAAAAUGCAAUUAAGGGCCUAAACGGCAGAUAUUUUGGUGGUCGAAUGAUUAGCGCUACCCCAGUUGUGGAUGCCGUCUACAGCAGUUUGUUCUCACGCACAAAGGCUAUCUGA